AUGGGUCUAAAUCUUCCAUCACAAAACUCAGCAAGAGCAUCAAUAUAUUCCCAGCUUUAUGAGGAUAUUUGCGUUUCUCUAGAAUUUUCUAAUGGGGUACCUUCACCAUCUGAAGAAAUGUUAUGUAACUCGAAUUACUUAGAAUGGCCAUUGGUCUACUGGUGUGAUGGAUCACAAGACAAAGCCAUCAAUGGUAAGCAAAAGUUCGAAGAUCUCAAUGGACAAACAGUCACAUCUAGCAGUAACCCUUGA